ACUUUAUUUGAUAGCAAGCAUAGCCAUGCGACAAGAGCGCCUUAAGCUGUACACGGAACCGUACUACCCUCCGGGGUAUUGUGGGUACAGCCCACAAUUCCCUUUUCAAUUUGGAGACACAUAUGGGAAAACUACUUCUCGACUUUUAACCGACCCAAAAGUGGCCAAGUCCGGUAACAUGGUCUUAGCAGAUAUUGUUCCAAGCAAUGUGAGUGAAAUAAACAAGCAAGUUCCUCCGAAUGACUGGAUGAGGCAACGAAAACAAAGCUGGGGCGACCACAAACUGACGGACAAAAUGGUUCCAGGUUAUACAGGGUAUAUACCAAGCGGCGAAGACCACUUUGGCAGCAGAUAUGCUAAAAUAUGUAAAGCAGCAAUCACUGAUUUUGACAAAGAACAACAGUUAUAUCAUGAUCGCAGAAAAGAACUGAUGAAACGAAAGCCACCACUAAUCCAGCAACAAAAGCCCGCACCCUACGUCUCAAUCAACCCUGUGCAGCAUUCCAUAUCACCCUAUUUCAUGAGUGAAUACGACCCAGAUAAAACGUUUAUGUCUGGAUACACCGGAUUUAUUCCGCGGUCUAGAUCCAGAUUCGCGACUGGAUAUCCGGUAUUGACAAUGGAAUCGUUGAGAGAGUUCACUGGCCAUCAGCAAUUUUUACAAACAGUUGCUAAACAAAGUGUGAAUAUGGAGAGAAAUAAUUUACCCAGAAUAAAAAGUUCGAUCGACAAGUCGUCAAUACGGCGUCCCAUCUACGUCGAUAGUGGAUUGCUUCCCCAUUAUACCGGUUAUCUCCCGGGACACAAAUUUCGAUUUGGAGACACCUAUGGCACAAGUUCAAGAUAUUUUCACCAGUCCACAUGUUCGAGAGUUUUAUAGAAACUUAGAGUUAGUUAAUUGUUGAUCAAUCCUCGAAAUAAUUUUGAAAUAUUGUAAUAGAGCAAUUUCACCCAUGGUUAUUGUAUGUAUUUUUAUAUAAACGUUAUUAAUAAACUUGGGUCGUAAAUCCAUCUCUACUUCGUGAAGACCUCAUACGCACACUUGAGCAAAACGGAAAAAUUAAGAAAAUACAAUGACCAAUAUCCUGUGU